AGUUACAUUGCUUUCCCAUGAAAAAAAAUGGUUUGGCAGAUCUUCAGAAGUUAAUGGUCUCCGGCUGGUUGGCUCGCUGCUGAAAAAGUGUCAACAGUGGACGAGCGCCCGUGGGCCAACAACAGCGGGAUGCCACGAAAAAAGAAAAGUGGCCAGAGUCCCGCCCGUGCUCCAGGGCUGUCUGUUGAGCGCGGAGUCAGCUGGAACAGCGGUCCGUCCGUGGCUGACCAAGCUAUGGCAAGGAAUGGAAGUAAAAACAGCGACAGUGUGGGCGCUGGGAAGUCAACGAACGUUCGAUUUUCGGGGAAAGAAGAGAUCGUGAAUAAGAUGCAGGAAAUGUUCUCUCACUUGGACCCCGAAGUUAUUUACCUUGUGCUGAACGAGUGCGAUUUCCGAGUCGAGCAUGCGAUGGACUCUCUGCUGGAGCUCUCCGUGGCAGCUGAGGGAACAGCCCCGGGACCUGCUGCUGUUUCAGGGUUCGAGUUGGCGGCAGCGCUCCUGUACGCCAAACCCCAGCAGGACGAGUCCAGCGUAGCAACAUCACCCGCCGACGGAGCCCAGGUGCUGGCCGGAGAGAGAGAGGAAGAAGAGGACCUGGACGCCACGGGGAAUCGUCUGACGGCGGAAUUCGACACGCUCAUCGACAGAGAGAUGGAGAGCCUCUCGGCACAGCCGCCGCUGUUCGGCGGCGCGUUUCCGCCACUCCACCAGGAGGGGGCGCCCCGUCAGGCUCUGCCUGAGCUGCUGCAGUCCAGUGUGGGGCGGGACCAGAGGCCUGGGCUGGGGCAGCCGGUCGAGACCGAGGGGGGAGGCGGCGGGGGUCCCAGGUCACGCUCCCCGCCGAGCGGGCUGAGCUUCUCCGGCCCGCCCCUCCGCCAGCCGCAGCCGGGACUGUUGGACUUCAGCCACCUGGCCGCCGAGUCCGCGAGCCGGUAUCCCACGCUGGACCUGGGCAGCCGCGGCCGCCCCUCUGCGUUCCAGGCCUACAAGAAGAGCCCCGGGCCCAGGGGGACCUCCGGUUGCCAGGUCACAGCCAGCAGCCGCGGGGAGGCAGCUUUACCCGAGCCAGGGAGCGGGUCAGCCCUGGGGCAGAGCGCAGAGGGGAAAGAGCCUCUGGCAACCCCGUCCCAGUUCUGGAACACGCAGGCUCCGGAGUUCCAGCCCCAGUCCCCAGGUCCGGCCUUCAUCACGCCCGUGGUGUUGAACCCCACGCCCUGGAACUCGCAACCCGUGCACUACUUGUUCAACCAUGAACCCGCGCAGCAAGCACCCCUGAAACCCGCCGCUACCAUCCCAAAAUCCUGGGCCCUUACGUGGGCCCCCAGACCCCCGGCUCCUCACAGGACUGCCCGGCUGCAAGGGAAGGUGCUGGUGCUCUUGAGAGGGGCACCUGGGUCAGGAAAAUCCACCUUGGCCAGGAGCAUCCUCAUUCAGAACCCUGGUGGUGUGGCGUUGAGCUCAGAUGAGUUUUUCAGCCGUGAUGGACGCUAUUGCUACAAUCCAGCUCUGCUAGGGGAGGCACACGAGUGGAACCACAGCAGAGCCAAGGAGGCCUUUGAAAAUAACGUGUCCCCCAUCAUCAUCGACAACACUAACAUGCAGAGUUGGGAGAUGAAGCCGUACGUGGCUUUGGCAAAGCAGCACAAUUACAAGGUGAUGUUUCGGGAACCAGACACAUGGUGGAAAUUCAAGCCCAGAGAGCUUGAAAGACGCACCAAGCACGGGGUGUCGAAGGAGAAGAUCAAGCGCAUGCUGGAGCGCUACGAGCGCCAUGUCUCCGUCGACUCGGUCAUGUGCUCCUUCCACCAGCGGCCCGAGCUGAGCGACAGCGGCCGCAUGACCUACCCCCUGCCAGAGACCAGCCUAUCACAGCCUUUGCCGUCCGAGGUGAAGCCCGACCUGGUGGAGGAGCCCCAUUUGAGCCUGGGCUCGGCCCAGGGCUACGGCCACACCCAGCUCUUCUCCUCCCUCCCCGACGUGUCAUCGGUGGGGCGGGGCUCGGCCCCAGAGGAGAGCCUGGGCGCGGGGAGCAGCGGCGGGAGCAGCGGCAGCAGCAGCCUGCAGGGCUCCAGCGUCUCGCUUCCCUCGCACGACCGCGGCCCGCAGGCGGGCGGGGCCGAGCCGCUGGACUGGGAGCUGGACACACUCCCCGCGCCCGAGCACGGGGGCCGGGCCCCGGACCAGGAGAGGGCCCCGGAGUUCGGCUGGCAGGUCCAGGACUGCGCGGACGAGCGGCCGGUGGCCUUCUCCGAGUCCAUCGGCCAGCGGGUGAGGCGCGACCGGGCGCGGCCGAGGCAGGACGGAGCCGGGCAGCCGGGCGGUAGCGACGCCCUCGGGGGAAACGCCGGCGGGGGUGAGAGGGAGGAGGAGGCCGCCGUUUCUGACCGCGUGAGGCCGGAGCUGUUGGACUUCGUCGGGGAUUGGCCCUCGGAAGGGAUGGAGCAGCGGGAGCAGAGGCUGAGGGCUGGGCGGGGGAAGGGGACGCAGCAGGACGGGGAAGGCUCGGCAGAGCAGGACGGAAACCAGAGAGCCAAAAUGGAGGACGGAGCCGAACAACAUGAGACGUCUUCUGAGUUUCAGAAACUACUGGACCUCUUACAAAUCGGCAACGGUUUGUCGCAGAAACAAAGCUUCCCUUCUGCUGGCUCUCCUGUAGAUUUUAUGCUACGCUGUAGCUCUGAAGACCUCAGUAAAGACCCUGAAUCUGGCCACCAGGGGACCCGAAGCCCAACUCCAUCCAGCAGGGAGGGUUUGGAUCAGAAGGCAGGGAGGGAUACCAGGCCAGAACUACUGGAUUGCGUUGCAGACUGGACACUCUCUGACAUCACACCUGUCAGGGAUACCCCGCAGAGCCUAGCAGAGACUCCUCCUCCUGCCCAAACUGACAUCUUCACCCCCAACAGAGGUGCAGAACAGCAGAAGAGCGCCCUAGAGGAGUCAGAGAGCUCCCCUGCGUACAACAGGGACCUAGGGUCCGCCAAGCAGAAGGCGGAGCCCCCAGGGGGCGCAGUUGUGUCACCAGUGUCAGGGGGCAGCCAGGAGCGGAGGCUCAGGCAGAGCCGGAGAUCGGGGAAGCAGUGCAAGCUGGCCCUCACCUUCACCAGCCCCACACCCCCCAGGACGCCGGAAUCCCCGCUGGCGCCGCCCCACCCUGUCGCCGUCACCCCGGAGACGCCCGCGCCUCGCCACGCCAGCCGUUCGGCGCAGACGGACCCGCGCGACUUCGCCCUGCUCUGGAGGCUGGACCGAUGGCGGGAGGGGGACGCGGCCGCGGCCGCCAACCACCCCAACGUGAGGGUACUCGUGGUGGACGGCGUCCGUUUCCAGCCCUGCUCGCCCGGCGCGCCGGAGCCUCCCGCCCAGCAGGAGGUGCCGUACCGCGCGAUGCACGACAAGGGGACCCAGGUGGAGGAGCAGGAGCUGACGAGCGGGGACAGCAGCAAGGCCCAGGACCUGCAGAUCCUCAGUCGCCACUUCAAGCUGGUGUCCUACGACACCCUGGAGGACCUGUACGACAAGUGCCACCAGGACAUCCAGUGGACCACCAACCUGCUGCUGGACUCCGGAGAGGAGCUGUUCAGGGACGACGACGACCCCUGGUGCGAGGAGGAGCAUCCUGCCCAGGGGAGCGGGUUUGAGCCAAAGGCAGAUUCACCCAAAGUGUGCGUGGAGAGGGAAACUCCCAUCGCGCUAGGUGCUGAGCGUCUGAAAGCCCUCCCUGUCCCUGAGAGCCAGGGUGUGGGAGCAGAUGUGUGUUCCGUGGAGGCUGAGAUGCGCCCUGUCCCUGAGGAGGGCUCUGGUCCAGAGGAGCCAGCGGUUACUGCAGAGUACCGCAGCGGGGUGGAGGAACCAGCCCCAGGGGCUGAGGAGAACCCUGCGAAUGAUCCAGGGGAGCUGUAUGCAGGCCAGCCCAACGAGGAGGAAGACACCCCCACACAGCUCCCGGACUCCGGGGAAGAAGAGCCUGCGGGGGGGCUGGAGGGGGCGUCGGAGAACCAGGACGACCCUCCUCCAGGUCUGGACUUGGGCUGUCCCGCGUCGGCGGAGGUGCAGCGGGAGGACGGAGGCGCAGCGCUCCUCCGGGAGGAGGAGACGGGUGACCUCCCGUCCCCAGACGAGGUCACCUGGUCGCUGGUCUCCCAGCUGCAGGAGAUGAGCAGGAGGGACAGAGAGGAGGAGCGGAAGGAGAGAGAGGGGGAGCGGGAGAGGGAGAGAGCCGACCAGGCCAGGCAGGACCGCCCGUGCCUCAGCAUCCAGUCCCUGGAGCUGAAGCUUCCCGCCGAGCUGGCCUUCCAGCUCAGCGAGCUCUUCGGGCCCGUCGGCAUUGCCCCAGGCACGCUGUCUCCAGAGGACUGUUCGGUUCAGAUCGACCUGAGCCUGGCCCGGCUCCUGCACCAGAAGUGGAAGGAAACGAUCCAAGAACGCCAGCGGCAGGAAGUGCUCUCUUACCACCUUCUGCAGGAAAGUUCAGAACACUGGGGAGAGUCCCGUCCAGCCAUGGGCGCCCCCGCAGAUGGGGCGUGGGCCCCCCACUUCCUGAUCGGCACGGACAGCUUCGCGUCCCUCGGCCAAUCGGAGGCGGCGGUCGAGAGCUUCCCCUUCAUGGACCACUGGAGCACGCCCCAGUCCCACGUCUCUCUGCGGGACAUCAUGCUGGAGGAGCAGGCUCUGCAGGCGAACGUGGAGAAGGGCAGAGAGAGCCGCGCCGAGGGCCGGAAGGACGGCGCCGCCCUGCUGAAGGAGAGGCAGCUGUGCGCCACGUUCCCCAACAUCGACCGCCACUUCCUCAGCGACAUCUUCAAGGACCACAACUACUCGCUGGAGCAGACCACGCAGUUCCUCAGCUCGCUGCUCGACGAGGAGCCGGUCAGGACGGUGGUCGCCCCGGAGACGGCCCCGCCCAGGGACGCCCAGAGGGCCCGCAGCAAGGAACGGUGGCGCAAGGGGAAGGAGGCGGGGCCGACCGCGCCCGAGUUCCAGGACACGCAGGCCCCGGACUACGAGGACUUCCGCACGGAGGCCACGCUGCAGCGGCGCCGGCAGCAGGACUGCUUCAGCAAGGCGGCCGAGGCCUACAGGCAGGACAUGAAGGACGUGGCCAGCUUCUACGCGCAGCAGGGCCACCUCCACGGGCAGAAGAUGAGGGAGGCUAACGACCGCGCCGCCGUGCAGAUCUUCGAGCGGGUCAACGCCACGCUGCUGCCGCAGAACAUCCUGGACCUGCACGGCCUCCACGUGGACGAGGCCCUCUACCACCUGCAGCGGGUUCUGGAGGAGAAGACCACCGAGUGGCGGCAAGGCGGGUGCAGAUCUCAACUGUCAGUCAUCACGGGAAGGGGGAACCACAGCCAAGGGGGCGUGGCCCGGAUACGGCCCGUAGUCAUUGACUACCUCACCAACCACAAAUACAAGUUUACGGAGCCAAAGUGUGGACUGGUGCUGGUCACUCUGCACUGAGAAGAGCCUGAAACCCAGCUGCUAAUGUGUACAUAAUGUGUAUCUCUCUCACUCUCUCUCCCUCCCUCCCCAUCUGUCUCACUCUCUCUCUCCCUCCCCAUCUCUCUCUCUCUCUCUCUCUCCAUCUGUCUCUCUCUCUCGCUAUCUUCCCCUUACUCUCUUUUUUGUAUAAAUAGAUUUGUAUAUUUGCAUAGAUAUAUUCAUACACAGAAACAGCAGUUAUUUUAUACUCUCUGAUUUUAAGAACCAUUUUAGGGCGACGUUAUAGCUGGAUAUGAGCGUAUGUGAAGUUGAUGUGUGCGCCUGCGUAUUAAUGCUGAAUGUAAGUUAUGCCGUUUCUUCUGGCAAUUUACCGUUUUAAAUCGGCAGCUACAAGGAACAUUUGUCUGGAGCCUUGACUUUCCAGUGAGACAUGCCAGUUUUACAGGGACACUUGGGUGUUAUUUAUCAUGGUGGUUUUCCAUUGUAGCAGUGAAUGAUUUAAAGUCUGUCUUUAAAAAAAAAUUUCAGUGCAGAAGGCAUUUAAAUGGUUAUGGUUUUAAGAAUCCAGAGUUUUGAAUAUUCUACAUUGCACUACUUCUACACAGUUAAAUAGAUUGAAAAAAGAAUGUAAUUUAUCUGUAUAAAAACGUAUUCUUAUUUUUAUGACUAUUUUUGCGAGGAUUAUUAUUAUUACUGUAAUUCCUGCUAAUUUAAGUGCUUAAAUGUUUCAUAUUUAAGAGGCUCUAGAAGUGUAAGACAGGCUGAGCUUGGAUUUAUAUACGGAGGACUGUUGUAAUGAUUGGCAGCUGUCACUUUGAUGCAACAUGUUCCCCUUUGUGAUCUCUUGAUCCUGCGACCUCUUUUGGUGGUUUUGCAGAUCUUCAGCUGUACUAACCUUAGUAUCCCCUUAAUGGGUCUUCACUAAAACCUGGAAAGUCUUAACUUGACUUUUUUUUUUGUUUGUUUGUUUGUUUAAAAAAUUGCUUUGAAUGCUUCUCAAGUGCUUGCGCGGAUUCAACCUAUUUCAUGAGUCAAAUUUUAUCGGAGACAAAGGUGAUUACAGCCGUCAUAUGUGUUUUGUUUUUUUCAGUACACUUUAAAAGAUGGGAGUUAUAUUUUCAUUUUUUUUUUACAUAUGUUUAUUAUCUUUGUUUAGAAAUAAAAAUGAUUAUAAAUCGUUUAUUUAUAUUA